AUGAUAUUUACGAAUAAAGUGGUUCUAAUAAGCGGUGCGGGCAGUGGAUUUGGUGAGGCCAUAGCGUUGCACUUUGCUAAUCUAUCCGCAAAACUAUCCUUGAUAGAUAUUAAUAAGGAUUAUCUCAGCAUUGUUGCUGAUAAGUGCCAACAGGUGGCAAAAACAAAAGUAUUUUACGUUGCCACUGAUGUUUCUGACGAUGAUGAUUUGGAGAAAGCAAUAAACUCGACGGUACAAGAAUUUGGACGUAUCGACGUACUAGUAAACUGCGCGGGGAUUUGGAAAACAAACAAAAUAACCGAUUUAAAUCUAUUGGAUGAUUUCGACAACAUUAUGAAGGUAAAUCUCAGAGCUGUAGUAGCUGCUAUACAUUUCGCUACACCCGCUUUGAUCGAGAGUAAGGGAUGUAUUAUAAAUAUUAGUAGUGUAAUGUCGAAUUUGAUUGGUGGUUCUAUUGGAUAUAAUGUUUCGAAAGCAGCAGUUACUCAUUUAACAAAGAAUGUUGCUGCAGAAUUAGCGCAAUACGAGAUACGAGUGAACUCGAUUUCACCAGGACCUGUGGAAACUAACAUAAUGGUACAUGGUGGUAUGUCACGAGAUGAAAGCGAUAAGAUGUUUAUGGAUCUCAAAGGUAGUCUUAUUUUAAAAAGUAGCUUGUCAAUGGAAGAUAUAGCUGGUGUAGCAGCGUUCUUGGCUAGUGACCAAGCUAAGUGUAUAACAGGGUCAGAAAUAGUUGUUGAUUCUGGUUUUCUAAUAAAUACUUUGAGCUCGAGCUUG